AUGAAGAAGUUCAUUGAGAACUCUUCCAAGGGUGAUUUCUAUCACACACAUCUCAGCACCAUUACCAACCCCUCUUACAUUUCUCUCUUCAGCAAACUUACCAACAGUAUAACUGGCACAAUUCCAUUUGGCAAUCAUCAAAACUCGCCAUCAUUCUUUCAUCUUCCAUCAUUCCUGGAAUCCGCCACCAAUCCAGAACAACAAACAUUUGGUAAUGAGCCUCUUCCACCUUCUGCCUUGCCACUGGCUUUAAAAGAAGCAACAACAAUGAGAAAAGCAGAAUACGACUGUCUUUUAAAGUUCUACAAGAUUGAGUAUGAUGAUGAGACUCUAUGUAGUGCAAAAACUAUGCUAAGGCACAGAAUAUUUGCCAAUGACAGAAUUCAAAAGAUUGCAUCUAUCAAUCUUCUUAGACAAGUCUAUAAAGGCGGCGAAGGCUUGAUCAUGAGAGGGUCCUAUAUACAGGCCAAGUAUAUAGAGACCAACAAUAAUAGUAAAGGGAUAUACGCUGGUUGUAUCAAGUAUCUUUUUACACACAAUUUUACACUCAAUCCUAUCUACACCGACCUCCAUGCUUGCCACAAUCCCAAACAUGUUUUUGCUUUCAUUGAAUGGUACCAGAUUCCUUGCCAUCAGCCAAAAAUUAAUCAGGGUAUCAAGUUGUAUGAUGCAGCGUUUUUAAAAUACGACUAUGACAACAUUCUGCCUGUUCACCGCAUCUUGUCACCAAUUCCAAUUGGAAGUCAUGUGUCUGGUAGUGGUACAGCAAAUGUCAUUGUUAUUCCUCUGCCAAGAAAGCUGUACGCUUAA